CUCUCUGAAAGAGAGACUCAGAAGAAUUAUUAUCGAAUCCACCAAUACAGUACUCAGACGCAGAGAGAUAGAGAGGAUCGGAAAGAGAGACUCAGAAGAAUUAUUAUCGAAUCCACCAAUACAGUACUCAGACGCAGAGAGAUAGAGAGGAUCGGAUGAGACAGGAUCAGAAAUAAAGGAGAUCGCAAGGUUUAGAAAAUCAGAACAUACAACAGCCAAGGCCUACUGACACCACCAUGGGUGAUCACGGUCAUCAGGAUGAUCUCGCUGCAGCAAUGCAACUGAUGCAACAGCAGAUGCUUCAGAUGCAGCAGACCAUCCAAGCUCAGCAAUCAGUUGCAGAACAAUAUGCUCAACAGGCUGCUCUCGCGCGGCACGAACAAGCAGCGCAGACUGUUCCAAUCGGGGAGAGAAACCUUCCGCGGAACAUUCCUACUACGCGCUCUGCCAUUGUUCCUCCACUCUGCACCAGGCAGGACUUCGAGAUCAAGCCUGCUCUGAUUGAUCUGGUGCAGAGAAAAGUGUUCUCUGGUCUCUCUGCAGAAAUUCCAAUGGAGCAUAUUGAGAAUUUCGAAAAAGUCUGCAGUUUUACUCGUGCGAAUGGUGUGCCACCAGACUACAUCAAGUGCAUGCUAUUCCCAUUCUCUCUUGAUGGAAAAGCUGCACGGUGGUUGAACUCCCUCCCUACCGACUCUCUCACUUCAUGGGAACAAGUCCGAUCAGCGUUCCUCAACCAUUUCUACUCUAAGGCGAGAACAGCUGCAUUGAGGAACAAGACAACUUCAUUCAGACAGCUCCAUGAUGAGCCUUUUUGUGACGCAUGGGAGCGCUUCAAUGACUACCAGAGAGAAUGCCCUCACCAUGGAUUUGAUGAUGAUUACCUCCUGGCAUUUUCUAUGAUGGGGUGGACUGGAAAUACCAAGGUGCUCUAAACUCUUCGAGCAAUGGAGACUUCAUGACUCAGACCACUGAUGGAGCGCUCAAGCUGAUUGAGAACAUGGCAGCUAGCUCAGCCAAUGAGAAUCAGGAGAGCAACCGCUCCAAGAAAGGGAACAGUGUACACACCCAGAAAAUUGAUGAGCUAACAGCUAAGGUCGAUCAGCUACUGCAGAACAACCAGGCACAAGGAUCUGGGUAUCAGAACACCAUCCCGCAGAGCAAUCAACAAGCUGUUCCAGCCGCGAGUGCUCCAACUGCAGGGAACAGUCCGCCAGAUGAUAUGAAAAAUCUGAACAUUAUGAUGCAGCAGAUGCUCCAGAACCAGCAACUUCAGGUCAAGGCACUGAAUCAGGUUACCAUAGACAUCAACACCAGGAUGGACAGCAUGUUCACCGAGCUGAAUUCAAAAUAUGAUACUGUGAGCAACCACAUAAAGAAGAUUGAUGUUCAGCUUGCUCAAACUGCUGAAACUGUUAAAAAACAGCAAGAGAUCAUUCGUGGAAAAAGUGUGAUGAAUCCUAGGGUUGAGCACUGUAAUGCAACCGAGCAGAGACGUGAGAAAUCUGAGGAAAAACAAGCGGAACAACUAUUCGCUGAGACUGUUCUGGGCGCAGAACAGAGAACAGAGCAGUCUGCUAGCUCUAGAGAGACUGCUCCCGCGACUGCUCCCGCCCCCGACGGAUCUACUGAUAUUCCACCAGUGCGAGUCUAUGUUCCUAAGGUUCCCUAUCCGAUUCCACCUAGACACCUGAAGGUGUUGCCUAAGGUUGAUGACCCUGGAAAAUUUGCUUUUCCAUGUUCCAUUGCUGGAGAAGAAUUUGAGGAAGCUCUUUGUGACUCUGGAUCUUGUGUGAAUCUUGUCUCAAAGGCGAUUGUAGACAAGUUGGGCAUUGCUGAUGUUGAGCCUUCUCAGGUGACUCUGACUUUUGCAAACUCUUCCAGAGCAGUUCCUUAUGGCACCAUUCGCAACCUUCCUGUCCAAGUUGGGGACUGUGUUCUCCAUACUGAAUUUCAGGUUGUUGAGAUGAACAAGGAUCAUGAGAUGCCUUUGAUCUUAGGAAGGACAUUUAUGGCUACAGUGGGAGCAAUCGUUGAUAUGCCUAAUGAGAGAGUCUCCUUCUCCCACAUCAACAAGAAUGUCUUCUAUCAGGCUGUUCCCACCAGAUUUCAGAAACUACACGCCUCUUGCAUCUCAGUGUUCAGUGGAGAAAAGCUGAAGGUUGUUCCAAGGAAGGAGCUUGAGAAAAACAGUGAGAUCAAGGAAGUCCAGGAUGGAGAUCCUCACACUGAUACCCAUACACUCAGUGGGAAUGCUAAGGUGAAAGAGAAAGUUCAUAAGAAAAGGGUCAAAGGAGAUCCUACUAUGACUUUGACACCUCACUGGUGUGAUGAGAAAUCCAUUGAGUAUGAGGUAAAGUGCAAGGGUACCUCUAAACCUUUCUCUAAAGUCAGAGUUAUUCUCACUGAUGAGCUGAAAGAGAAAGGAGAAGCUGCUGUGAAAGGGUUGUUGAGCAGAGUUUUGAAGCUGAACAUGUCAGAUUGUGGAGCUUGUUUUGGAACAAGCCCUCAUGCUCAACCCGACUGAUCCCUGUCACCAAGUCAAGCUAGUGACUUUAACCAAGCGCUUGGUGGGAGGCAACCCACUGGUAAGUGUAAAUAUAACUUGGUUUUGUUUUUGUUUGCUUAUUUUCGUUUUAGUUUAUUGAGUUUCAGGUCAAAAAGCAGAAAAAUUCGAGAUACUUCGAAAAAUUCUGGGUUGCAGAAACGGAGCUCCCUGUUCUGCAGGAGCCAAGAACAACCGUCCAGGUGAAAAUCUGGCGACAGAACACCCAGAAUUUUUCGGAGCACCCGCUCCAGUUGUCUUAUUCAGUGACCUUAGCAGUGGCGAAAGACACACAUGUGGACCCGGAACACCCUGACAUAUCUCACUUGAUUCUCCAGAAGUUCUCAGCCGAUCAGGUUACACUGGGUAGACUUAACUCCAAAUAACUUGAACCUAAUCUGGACUGAAAUUCUUCUUGUUAUGGGCACUAGAUCAGGGAAACGAGAACUACACUCAGGACUUCUUAUUCUUUCUAUCCAUCUUGUUGUUCCUGAGUGGCUAGCUCAUCUUUAGCUAGUUCCCACCCUGAACCUUAGCCUUUAUUCCACCUUCAUGCAUUUGUUUUUCAGUGUUAUAUGUGCAGAUAUGUGCAAAAAGGUCGGAGAGGAAAGGAUCGACGCAGCCUCUUACUCGUUACUGCUGCGCAGAUUCAGCCAGAAGGAGAACAAGCAGAUUAAGGGAGCAACCACUCCAUAACCAAUGAGCUGUUCAAGAACAUGGGUGGAGAACCAGAAUGAUUUGAAUCAAAACCACCAGUGGCAUCCUUGACAUCACAUGUUACCUCCUUCUUCGUCACCUCA